UUUUCCACGAAAGCUGAUUGGUGAGGAGUGCCUGUGUGGCGUCAAACCGGAACAAAGAUGGUGGCGUGUAAUUUAUUUUUUUUUAAACUGACAUUCGAUGGCCUGGUGGCGUCUUUGAAGAGUCUGAGAUCCGGACUGGGGUAUGUCUGUUUUCCACGACGAAGCGGAGAUCGAGGACUUCGAGUACGAUGAGGAGACGGAAACCUACAGCUACCCGUGCGGGGAUCGUUUCCUCAUUGCGAGGGAGGAUCUGGAGAAUGGUGAAGAUGUGGUCACUUGCCCAAGCUGUUCACUCAUAGUAAAAGUCAUUUACGAUAAGGAACAGUUUAUGUGUGGCGAAGAAGUCUCAGCACCACCAACAAGCAAAGAACUGGUGAAAUGCUGACGAUCAUUUGAUGAACUUUCCUGUCCUUGAAACAUGUGGUAGCAAUGUUGAGGCAGAAGACACAAGCAUUCCUGUCCUGAAGACUCUUUACAUGUAGUAACUAGCUGCUUCUCAUCAGCUGCUUCAGUAGUUUGAGAGAAAGAACAGAAGUGUCAAAAGCUUUUGUGUGUUUCUGUGCAUAAGAAGUUCUUAAUAUAUUUAAAGGCAUGGAGUUAUCUUUCGAGUGCAAGAAAAUGGCAACAGUCCCCAAUACGCAAAAGUGUCAGUAAUGCUUGUUCCAAAUCUAGCUAAUACUUGCAAACUAUCACUUGUUCUUGGACAGUGGAUUCUUUCAGGUGAUGCACAGAGUGAGCUGCUGGGUCCUAUAAUAUGAGCAAGAAGAGUAUGUUCCAUGCUUUUUUAAAAAAGAGGGGUCUGUAUUAGAGGCCAAAUUUGUUGAAAUAAAGCUUAUACCAGUU